AUGAAGAUAUAUCUCCUUAUCCCAAUUAUAUGGCUCAUUGUUUUUCUCCAACAUACAACCGCAGUGGAAUUGACUAUAAACGAUGAAGAAAUCGAUAAUCCUGGAUUGAUCCUUAAAUCAAAAUUUAAACAAUAUUUACCAGAAUUACAAGAAAACUUAGAAAUUCCCGUUAAUGAAAAACAACAAUCAAUCAGAGAAUCAUUUAUUCCUAAAAAAAUCAAUUAUCAUCAUUUUGGCUUACGAUCAAGGUUUAAAAAAGAUGUAUCGGUAACAACUACAACUGCGAUUGUAUUAGAACCAACUUUAGCAAAAUCAAAUCCCGAGAAUGUUGACUCAAACCACACCGAUACUGAUACAGAUUCUGAUUCUGACGUUAAUGAAGACAUCUCUAGUUCAGCAUCUUCAACACCAAAAGUUCAUUCACGUAGAUCAUGGAUUAAGGACUUCUUAAUGUUCAAAGAGCAAGACACUGGCACAUCAGACAAAUCCAAAAAUAAGAAGAAAACAUCCAAAGAAAAACAUGAGAAUUCAAAACUACAAUCUAAAAUCACAAACUACGAUGAUACAGUUAGUGAUCCGAGAGAUUUAAAACGUUGGGUCAGAUUGAUUGCUGAUGAAGGUAAAGAUCAACCAUAUGUUCAAUCCAAAUAUGUUUAUAAUAACGAGAUUGAAUUAGAUGUUGAAGAAUUCAUCAAGUAUUUGGUAGAAGAACAAGGUUUUAAUGUUACAGAUUUGGAAUUCUUAAGGUCAAAAAAUUUGGAUUAUGGACUUGGUGAAAUUGAACAAGAGUUGAAUAAACUUAAAGAAACAAAAGGUUCACCAAAAGUGAUAGAUAUCGGUGGUGAACAUGAUAGUGAUGGUAGCGAUUCUGGAUCAAGUUUGAAUUCAUUCAAAUCUAUUACAAAUGCUUAUUUUGCUAUCGUAAUUCUGUGUUUAUUUUUCAUUUAG